AUGAAUUCACAAACACUAGAUGAGGAAAGUUGUUAGAUUAAGAAUGAGAAAAAUCAUGGUUUUGGACCUUGUUUGAACAAUAGCCAUUUGGAAGCUAAAAAAUUAGAGGAUGAAGCAAAUAUCAAUUUGAAUGUGUUUUUUAAAUAAAAAAAUGAUGUUAUCAUAGUGGAAAAUUGGAAACGUUAUAAUACUGAUGUUAGUAAACAUAAACUUAAGAACUAAUAAAACAAUAUACCGAAGAAUUAAUGCUGCACUACUUUUUGA